UGUCUUGGUUGUUUGCAAACCCAAAGAGCACUGCAACCAGAAUCAGAGUUGAUACAUUGCAAUGUAAAUGUAUCAACAGAAUAAUCGGACGGCAUACCACAGCAGAGAAGGACAAAAUAACACGAAGGCUUCUUUAAUCGAAACGGCUGCCUGAACUACUCCAGACUCUGUGCACGCAUUUCAUCCUCAUCGAUUGUGACACCGAACUCCUCUCUCCCUCUGCUGAGGGAGAUCUUGGUGUUUGUGCUUCUGCUGUUCAGCACAUGAAAGCAGACUGUUGGAAUGGCUUCUAAAUCUCAUCCUCCUCUAAUGAAGAAACACAGUCAGACCGAUCUGGUGAGCCGGCUCAAGACACGCAAGAUCCUGGGCGUCGGUGGGGAGGAUGAUGAGGGAGAGGUGCACAGGUCAAAGAUCAGUCAGAUGCUAGGGAAUGAGAUUAAAUUUGCCAUUCGGGAGCCUGUGGGACUGAGGUUAUGGAUUCUCUUCUCUGCUGUUGUUUUCACUGUCAUGGCCCUUUUGGCCCUAGCCUUUCCUAACCAGCUGUAUGAGGUUGUAUUUGAUCAAGAGCAAACAGCCACCAGUGUUUCUAUACGUCUCUAUGGAGGGGCCAUUCUGAGUCUCUCUCUGAUCAUGUGGAAUGGCUUGUACACUGCUGAAAAGAUCAUCAUCCAGUGGACAUUACUUAGUGAAGCCUGCUACUUUGCCAUUCAAUUUUUAGUGACUUCCAUCACUCUGGUGGAACUGGGCUCCAUGCCAAAUGCUGCCAUCCUCCUGCUCCUCAGUCGCAUCUUCUUCCUCAUUGUCACGCUGUCCUACUACUAUCAUCUGGGACGCCGGCCCAAGAAAAUCUGAGAGCCCCACACACCAGUCCAAUACACCUGGUGCUUGGGGAGUUGAGAGACUGGCCGCUGGGCUGGAGAUUUCAUUAGAAGCUUUGAACAGUGACACAGUCAAACAUCAUCACCUGGCGUUGAGCCUUACUGCAAGGACAAUGCCAAACCCCAGGCCUUUAUUUUAAUAUCCAGCUUACAACAUGGGAGUAUGCCUCUACAAAGCAUCUCUUUUUGCUUUUGUUUUUUUGUGGGAAAUGCUCACAAUGUUGUAAAAUGUAUUACACUUAUUUUUUGGAUUGUGUGGUCUUAGUGUAGCUCUCCUCAUUCAGCGUUUCUUCUGUAAAGUAUUGCACACUGUAGCUGAGCUCAGAAUGAUGCAAAACUGUCUGUAGCUACUGUAUGGUAUCAAUAAAACUGUAAACAAUUUCAUGUAGUAAAGCCAAUGACUUCUAGUUCCUAGCUAUAUGAUGUUUAUAAGCUAGUAAGCAAUAGAAUGUGGUUUUUACAUGUGGGUUUUUCAUAUAAAAUUGAGUUUUAAAAAUGUAUUCAAUUCAUGACUGCCUGGCAUGUGUAUCUCUAUUCUUGUAGAUUGAUUUAUCCCUGAACCAUAUCAACUUGCUUUAUAUUGUUACACACUGUCUCUCGGUUCUCAUAUGGAAAUGGUUCUGAAAAGCUCAGUUAUGAAUGUCCAUUUUUUUCGACAGACACAACGGAUCAACUGUCCAGUUACUGUAGUUAGUUGGUGCAUGGAACUUGUGAAAUUAUGUUGCAAUGAAGCCUCUUCAGGUUUACCAUUUUAGGAACCCCAUUGUUAGUGUAUUUUAAGGAGAACUAAUUGUCCAUAUUUGAGAUAUCAGUUUCUGUUUUUGAAUGUGACCGUUAUCUCAAGGUGUCAGUGUGCAUGCUGAAACAUCUUUUUCUUUCAGUAAUGCCGCAAUGGUUUUGUAGCACAAUGGCAUGUUGCAUUAAUUUUAAUAACCGAUGUAGCAGUAUUUUCCCCUCAAAUUUUCAUAAUAUUGCCUUAAUAUACUAAACUUCACAAGUGUCCCACAUGUCUGCAAACUGCCAGUUGUUUGUAAUGUUAUCUGGAUUAAGUAAUUUACAGUAUAUAUAUUUUUUCUGUUGAUCAAAGAUUUAGCAGUUGUUAUUUAUUGGCCUGCCCUAAAGUCUUUGCUUAAUUAUUAUUAUUUUUAUUAUUAUUAAUUAGGUUAGACGUAUCACUUGCAUGUUUGUUGUUUAUUCCAGACAUUUUAAAAUGAUCUUGUAUAUCCUUGAUGACAAUUGUUCUUAUGUGCAGUCUACUGAUAUUUACAAUUUAAAGGCAAGUUCACCCAAUAAUUAACAUUCUGUCAUCAUUUACUCACUCUCAUGCCAUCACAGAUAUGUAUGACUUUCUUUCUUCUGCACAACAAAUAUUAUGAUUUUUAGAUGAAUAUUUCAGAUCUGUAGGUACAUACAAUGCAAGUGAAUUGGUGCCAAAAGUUUUAUGCUCCAAAAAACACAAAGGCAUCAUAAAUGUAAUCCAUAUGACUGCAGUGUUUAAUCCAUGUCUUCAGAAGUGAUAUGAUAGGUGUGAGAAACAGAUCAAUUUUAAAUCCUAUUUUAUUUUUUUGAUUAAAAUUCUUCUCCCUGCCCAGUAGCGGGUGAUAUGCAUGAAGAAUGGGAAUCACCAAAAACAAGAAGGAUGUUAAAGUGAUCUGUUUCUCACCCACUCCUAUCAUAUUGUUUCUAAAUAUAUGGAUUAAACUACUAGAAUCUAAUUGAUUACUUUUUUGCUGACUUUGUGAUUUUUGGAGCUUCAAAGUUUUGGCACCCAUUCACUUGCAUUUAUUUGGACAUACAGAGCUGAUAAAUUAUUUUUUAAAUCUUCAUUUGAGUUCAGCAGAUGAAAAAGUCAUACACAUCUGGGAUGACAUGAGGGUGAGCGUUUUCAUUUUUUGGGGUGAACUAUUUCUUUAAAAGCAUUGUGUGAGUGUGUGAAUUUGCAUGCCUGCUGCCUUGUGUUUAUCUGGUAGCUUAUGUUGUACAACCCUCCAUAAAACUUAAUGGAAUUCAGAGCCUUUUGAAAUAACAUUGAAUUUAUUUUUCAUCUCUAGCUUUGUAUUUUCUCUGCAAAAAUAAGGCUGCUGCUAAUCAUGAUUGGUUAUAUGGAAGGAAGCAAUACAUUUAGCAAGAAUCUAUAUAGCAGAUUCAAAAAUUUUAUGUGUUUUUUACAACCAUGCCACUUGUUGGAUUUCAUGCACUGCAAAUAUUGCUUUCAGUAUGUUUAGGUAAAACAGUGCAUUUGUGUCUUUGCACAAAAGUAGCAGUUACUCUUUGCAAGGUCUAUUUACUUGUUCGCAUUUAGUUCCAUCCUGCUCAAAUCUCUGAUCUAUGUAGCUUAAAAUGGGUAGUAACAAAUUGAAAGGAAUAACCUUGCAUUGGCUCGGAAUGUAGUUUCUUUCACGAAAGAUAUUAAUGGAAGUUUGAUUUAGUCUUUUUGUUGUCUUCUUUACAUGUAAACAGGUUCAUAAUUUAGCUGUUCUAAUCUCAAAUAUUCCAAACAUUUGCUCUAUGGAGCUCCUCUCACUGUCCUGCAAAUUUUUUCAGAUGUUUUCAUCUAUAAAUGGAAAUGUUAGUUUCUAAUAGCAAUGACAACAAAUGCCAUACAUGAAGCAUUUGCUAUCCAUGACCCCUCCUGAUAGUUGUGUUGCCAUGCAUUUAAAAUAAAAAAUAUCUAGUUAGCUAAUAUAGUGGUAUGGCUUCAGUUGUCUUCAGAUGGUGUUCAUAAAGUCACUGAAAGGAUGUUGAUGUACUUUUUAAAUCAGUGUGUAAAUAUUUUAUUGAGAGCUGUUCUUGUUAUGGAUCUGCAUCAUUAUCUUUUUGGAAUAAAGAAAACAUACAACAUUU